GCAGACUGGGUUUUUCGUCUGAUACCCCUGCUCACUGGCAGAGCCAGAGGUGCCUACGUACAUAUGAACAUUGAUGACUCAUUAGAUUAUGAUAAAGUCAAAUCUGCCAUUCUGUUAAAGUAUGACAUUAACCCUGAAUCCUAUAGACAAAAAUUUAGGUCUUUGGAGGUCAAGCCAGAUGAAAGUCCUCGUGAGUUAUAUGCGAGGCUGAAGGAACUCUAUGGGAAAUGGAUUCAGCCAAGGGGUAAAACCGUCCAUGAUAUUAGUGAAAUGAUAAUCUUGGAGCAGUUUCUGAGGAUGUUGUCUCCGGAGCUCCAGGUUUGGAUCCGAGAGCAUAAUCCUGAAUCAGCAAUGAGAGCGGCCGAAAUGGCGGAUGUCUUUGUGGCUGCAAGAAGGAAGGGACAAGCCUGGAGUCAUAAUAUGUGGAAAACCCCACGAGACGUCCGGAGUAUCCCCCAGCAUCAUCUGGAGGCGGCAAACAUGACUGCUAGUAAGCCCCAGCAACUGCAGGAUCAUCCCUCCACUAACCUUUCAAAGAUCUCUGGUAAGAGGAUUGUCUGUUACCUAUGUGGAUUAGAAGACCAUACCAAGCCUAGGUGUCCAAGAAAUUCAACUAAAAUGGUCCAAAUGUGUUCUGGCCCUCGGGCUAAAGUUAAUGCAGACCUGCAGGGAGACAAGACAGUCAAAAUGAGCCGAGUUGAAGUGGAUGGGAUUGAACUCCUGGCCCUUCUGGAUUCAGGGAGUUCGCGGUCGCUUGUUCAUGCAGAUUUUGCUCCACCGAAUGUUCAGAUACAGGACACAAUUUCAAUCUGCUGUGUCCAUGGAGAUGAGAAAAGUUAUCCAACAACUGACAUACACAUUAAGGUUAAAGACCAAAUGUAUCUAAUGAAUGUGGGUGUGGUUGACGGCUUGCCUUAUUCUGUCGUGCUCGGGCGUGACUUUCCCGUACUGUUUGCUCUGUUGGAGGCUGAUCAGAUUCAGGAGACUAACUUAGUUGUUACCAGAGCCCAGGCUAAGCGAACCGACACCCACACAGACAUGCUGAGUGCCCUGCCCUUUUUCAAUGAGGAGUUGGAAACUACUGCAGAAAAACCACGGAAGACCCGCAGACAAAAGAGGCRGGAGAGACUUCAAUUUUCAUUGGGGGAUACACCAAUGGCUACUGAACCAGCAUUGCCACCAUGUGGGUUUGAUAUUCCACGUGAUAUUGGUGAACUCCAGAAGGCUGAUCAGUCUCUGUCACCUCUUUUCCAGAUGGUAAAGUUACAGAAACCUGGAGUGGAGCUGGAUUAUAAGGAUAUGGAGUACAUCGUGCAAAAUGACAUACUCUAUCACCAGCAGGGGUCAGUGUUGCAGCUAGUGGUUCCCCAACAGAUGAGAGAGCGGUUGGAGAAAAUGAGUGAGCUGGCCCAAUCACACAUGUCAAAGGCUCAGCAGCAGCAGAAGACAUGGUAUGAUAAAGUUGCUCGGCAUCGCUCAUUUGAGCCAGGACAAAAAGUACUUGUACUCCUUCCCAGUGAUGCCAGCAAACUGUUGGCUAAGUGGCAAGGGCCAUAUGAAGUUAUGAGGAAAAUGGGGCCAACCACUUAUGAAGUAUCCACCCCAGGACAGUUGCGGCCCAGCAGGGUUUUGCAUAUAAACUUGCUAAAGGAGUGGGUGCAGCGGGUUGAACACAAAGCAGAUGCACUGCUCAUACGGAGGGUGGCGGAAGAGGAUGAAGUGGACGAGCAAUAUUUGCCAACUUCUACCUCUCUAGAUUUGGAUCUUGGCCAUCUACCCCGGGACAAGCAGCAACAGGUGAGAGAACUCUGUAACUCUGCAGUGUUUACCAGAACCCAGGAAGAACAAGUGUGGUGGAACAUGACAUUGUAGUACGACAAGGUGCUACUGUAAGGCAAUUAAGCUAUAGAAUUCCAGAGCGCCUGUUAUCUUCAUUAAAGACUGAAGUUGACAUGAUGCUACGAUUAAAGAUCAUUGAAACAUCUAAAAGUGAAUGGUGUAAUCCAGUGGUGUUGGUGCCUAAGAAGGAUGGAAGCAUUAGGUUCUGUAUUGAUUUCAGAUACCUAAAUUCUAUAUCUUUGUUUGACUCCUCCUGGGAAAAGCGAACUACUUGACUACUGUGGACCGGUGUAAGGGCUAUUGGCAGGUCCCCCUCACUAAACGGUCCAGAGAAUACACUGCCUUCAGGACUCCAUGGGGUCUGUUCCAUUUUACAGUCUUACCAUUUGGGUUACAUGGAGCUCCAGCCACUUUUCAACAGCUAAUGGACCAAGUAUUGCAUAACUGCUCUGAUUUUGCUGCUGCUUACUUGGAUGAUAUUGUCAUUCAUAGUACUACCUGGGAGGAACAUCUGGAACAUCUGCGCCUUGUCAUGGGUUCU